AAUUAAUACACACACUCCAUAGUUUAUAGCAUUCAUUCAUAGCACAUUCACAAAAGAGUGCAAGAGAGAAAAAAAAAAUUAACUUUGUUGAUCAAAAGAGAACAAUGGAGUAUCACAGUGGAGGAAGUGGGUCCCCUGGUGAUCAUCACCAUCAUCAUCAUCACCAUGAUGGUUCAUCUGAUUCUCAGAGAAGAAAGAAACGUUACCACCGUCACACUGCUAAUCAGAUUCAAAGGCUUGAAGCUAUGUUCAAGGAAUGUCCACAUCCUGAUGAGAAGCAAAGAUUGCAGUUAAGCAGAGAAUUAGCUUUGGCUCCUAGACAGAUCAAAUUUUGGUUUCAGAACAGAAGGACUCAGAUGAAGGCACAGCAUGAGAGAGCUGAUAAUUGUCAACUAAGGGCAGAGAAUGAUAAGAUAAGAUGUGAGAAUAUUGCUAUAAGGGAAGCCCUUAAAAAUGUGAUCUGCCCCUCCUGUGGUGGACCUCCAAUCAAUGAUGAUUGUUAUUUUGAUGAACAAAAAUUGAGGAUUGAAAAUGCUCAACUCAAAGAAGAGCUUGAUAGAGUAUCAAGCAUUGCUGCAAAAUACAUAGGAAGACCAAUUUCACAGCUUCCACCAGUAACACCAAUUCACAUUUCAUCAUUGGAUUUAUCAAUGGGAAGUUUUGGUGGGCAUGGAAUGGGAGGAGGACCGUCACUUGAUCUUGAUCUUUUACCGGGAAGUUCAUCAACAAUGCAAAAUGUUCCGUACCAACCGGCUUGUCUUUCUGAAAUGGAAAAGUCGGUAAUGUCUGACAUUGCGACAAAUGCUAUGGAUGAAUUGGUUAGGCUUUUGCAAACUGAUGAGCCUUUGUGGAUGAAAUCAAAUACUGAUGGAAGAGAUAUUCUUAAUCUUGAUACCUAUGAUAGAAUGUUUCCAAAGGCUAAUAAUCGGUUGAAGAAUCCGAAUAUUCGUACUGAAGCUUCUAGGGAUUCCGGUGUUGUUAUCAUGAAUGGCUUAACUUUGGUUGAGAUGUUUAUGGAUCCUAACAAGUGGAUGGAGCUCUUUCCUACUAUUGUGGCAAUGGCAAAGAAAAUUGAAGUUAUAGCUUCUGGAAUGAUGGGUGGACACAGUGGUUCUUUGCAACUGAUGUAUGAAGAGUUGCAAGUGCUGUCACCACUCGUUCCUAUUCGAGAAUUUUACUUUCUGCGUUACUGUCAACAAAUUGAGCAAGGUUUAUGGGCAAUUGUUGAUGUUUCGUACGAUUUUCCUCAAGACAACCAAUUUGCUCCUCAAUUUCGCUGUCAUCGUCUUCCUUCUGGCUGCUUCAUUCAAGACAUGCCUAAUGGCUAUUCCAAGGUUACUUGGAUUGAACAUUUGGAAAUUGAAGACAAAAAUCCAGUUCAUAGGCUUUAUAGAAAUGUUAUCUAUAGUAGUGCUGCCUUUGGAGCUGAAAGAUUUUUGACUACUCUUCAGAGAAUGUGUGAAAGGCUUGCUUGUCUUAUGGUUUCUGCUAACUCUACUCCCGGUCUCGGUGGAGUGAUGCCAUCACCUGAGGGAAAAAGGAGUAUGAUGAAGCUAGCACAAAGGAUGGUAACUAAUUUCUGUGCAAGCAUAAGUGCAUCAGCUAGUCAUAGAUGGACCACACUUUCAGCUUUGAAUGAGAUUGGAGUCAGAGUAACUGUAAGAAAGAGUACAGAUCCAGGUCAAUCUGGUGUUGUGCUAAGUGCAGCUACUACCAUUUGGCUACCUUUACCUCCACAAACUGUUUUCAAUUUCUUCAAAGAUGAAAGGAAAAGACCACAGUGGGAUGUUCUUUCUAAUGGUAAUGCUGUUCAAGAAGUUGCUCAUAUAGCAAAUGGUGCACAUCCUGGUAACUGCAUUUCUGUGCUUAGGGCUUUCAACACAAGUCAGAACAACAUGUUGAUCCUACAAGAAAGCUGUGUGGAUUCAUCAGGUUCACUAGUAGUCUAUUGUCCGGUUGAUUUAACAUCUAUCAACACAGCAAUGAGCGGCGAAGAUCCUUCACACAUUCCGUUACUCCCCUCCGGUUUCACAAUUACAUCGGACGGAAACCAAUACGAUGGCAACAGCAACAAUAUUCAAAGUGGUGGUGGUGGUAAUGGCGACGGAGCAUCAACAAGUUCAAACACAAACAUAGGAAAUAAGUCAUCAGGUGGAUCAUUAAUAACAGUUGCAUUUCAAAUUAUGGUAAGCAGUUUACCAUCUGCAAAACUUAACAUGGAGUCUGUUGCAACUGUUAAUGGACUUAUUGGUGAGACUGUCCAACACAUAAAAGCUGCUUUGAAUUGUCCUAGUUCUUGAUGAUAUAUAUAUAU